GGUCAUCACACUCUACUAUGUUCCUUGUUACGUUUCUAGUUACAUUUCCUUCGAUCUAGCUUCGUCUGAUAUUUUUCUCCACCAGCAAGCUUACAAAAACUUAGUUUUCAGUUUUCACCAAAAAGAUAACAAUAAAUAAAGCCACAUCGUAUACAGCACUUCUCACUAUCCAUUUUCAUGAACUUUGCAUCUUCAGAUAUUCUAUCACCACAUCCAUGGCGGCAGUUGUCAAGCUUCACGUUUUCCCGGAUAGUUUGAACAGGCACAAAACAAGGUUUUUCAGGAGGGGUUUUGGCUCGUGCCCUUCUCCCGGGGUGCUUGGUUUUGGCCAUGAUUGUGAUCGGUUCUCUGUGAGAGAGUGCAGGGCCUUCAGGACUGAAGAUGGUGGGGAUGCGAAGGAGAAAAAGUCUCGAAAUUUGAAGAAAAGUGAAGUGAAUUCCAAAAGGGAAAGUGGGUUUUGGAGUUCGCUCCAGUCUAUCUUGUUGAGGAAUUUCAUGGUGGGUUCAAAAUCAGACGAUGAGUAUCGCCAAGCUGUGGUGAAGGUGGAGGGUCUGCUAUCCUCGAUUGCCAUUCAAAUUGGAAGGUAUAUUGUGACCAUGAUGAGCACUGGGGUCAUCCUUUCGAUCGGAUUUCAGAUGUCAGGUGGAGACAGUCAAAUGGAUGCAUUGAUUUGGUACAGUUGGCUAGGAGGAGUGAUCAUUGGAACAAUGAUAGGUGCUAACAUGGUGCUGGAGGAACAUUGUCGUGCUGGUCCGCGUAAUGUUGUCAUAACAGGGAGUACAAGGGGAUUGGGGAAAGCCUUAGCUCGAGAGUUUCUUCUUUCUGGAGAUCGUGUGAUUGUUACCUCUCGAAGCCUCGAGUCUGUGCAAGCAACUGUUAAAGAGCUUGAGGAAAAUCUGAAGGAAGGCAUUGCCAAUUCAGUUGGUUCAUCACUGACAAAACUUUCUCAUGCAAAGGUGGUAGGCAUUGCUUGUGAUGUUUGUGAGCCUCAUGAUGUGCAGAGAUUGGCAGACUUUGCUGUCAAAGAACUUGGUUAUGUUGAUAUCUGGAUAAAUAACGCCGGAACAAAUAAAGGUUUUAGACCAUUGCUUCAGUUUAGUGACGAAGAUAUUAAACAGAUUGUCUCAACAAAUUUGGUUGGAUCUAUUCUUUGUACACGAGAAGCCAUGCGUGUGAUGAGAAACCAAGCCAAUGCAGGUCACAUAUUUAACAUGGAUGGUGCAGGUUCUGGAGGCUCCAGCACACCUUUGACUGCUGUAUAUGGUUCUACAAAGUGUGGCCUCAGGCAACUUCAGGGAUCACUUUUAAAGGAGUGCAAGCGAUCCAAAGUAGGUGUCCAUACUGCAUCUCCAGGCAUGGUUCUUACAGAUCUGCUUUUAAGUGGUUCAACUGUCCAAAACAGGCAGAUGUUUAACAUCAUCUGUGAGCUUCCAGAAACUGUUGCUAGAACAUUAGUUCCACGAAUGCGGGUUGUCAAGGGAACAGGCAAAGCCAUCAAUUACUUGACCCCUCCCAGAAUCUUACUCGCUUUGGUCACUGCCUGGUUACGGCGAGGUCGCUGGUUUGAUGAUCAGGGAAGAGCAUUGUAUGCAGCCGAAGCAGACCGAUUGCGUAACUGGGCCGAAGAUCGGGCCCGGUUUUCUUUCACAGAUGCAAUGGAAAUGUACACAGAGAACACCUGGUUAUCAGUCUUCUCACUUUCAGUUGUGUGUGCCUUCAUAAUUCUUUCCAGCACAGGCAACAAUAUGCCUGGCACAUGAUGUCUUGCUGCCAAUGCAAAAAAGUGCAUCUGCAUUCCGUGGACAGGCAAUUGGUGCCUGAAAAAUCAUCAAGACAACAACAUAGUGAAACUAAAUCUAAAUCAUAAACAAAGUGGAUCUGUGUUUUUUUCCACCAUGUCCACCCAAAACAGUUAUAUCAUUUGACACACUCAGUUGUCUAUAGCUCUGUGUAUAGGCUUCUCUGCAAUCGGCAUUCAUCAUUGAGUUGCCUGUAGUCAUAGUAUGUUACCAUGUAUAACCUUCAUUGAAUUGUAGACUGUAGUGAAAUCUCAUAUUUUCUACCCCAUAUAUUUAUUUGAAUCUAUGUUUACUUAUAUUGGACAUCA